GGUAGACACUCGUUUUCUCUCCCACUCCACGUCGUUAGGCCGAACACUGCAGGAUGACGCUUAAGGUCCUCUUGGUCGCAACCACCCUGCUCUGCCUCUCAAGGGCGGCCCCGCAGAGGUACCAAGCCCUGGGCGUCCUGCAGCCCGAGAGCCCUCGUGACCUGGGCGACUACGAGAACAUCGUCGGCGCCACCAUCGACGUGCUGCCGGACAUCGUCGAGGUCUUCAGCAAGAUAACGCAGGCUCGGGGCAAGGCCAGUGAACCCCAGAUCAUCAAUCGGGUCAUGACAGAGUUCUUACCCAUCACACGCAAGGUCAUGGAGGCCACGGAGAAGGUGGAGGGCACCAAGAUCCCGGACGACACGUACCACCGCUUCAACGCCGCCGAGAGGGUCAUGCCUCACGUGGUCACCUUCAUGAACCAGCUCAGGGAUAUGGACUUCUUCGGACUCUCCACCACCACGGAGAGGCCCACGCAACUUCUGCUGUGAAGCUAUCCACUCGCCCUCGAACUAGUUAUCAAGUAGUUCCUCUUUUCAGAAUACUUCCCUUGCCUUCACUGUUUCCUUUGCCAUGCCCUCUUCACGCACAUGGCUCGAAUUCAGCCAUGCCUAUGUACUUAACCUGAAAUCUUGUUGAGUCUCUGUAUUGCUUUCAGUCCCCCUGUGCGUUGGCAUCAAAUACAAACAGGAGUGGAAUAUUAUGUAGUUCUGAAAUUACAGAA